CACCGCAUGGCAAUCGAAAGGCUACCGAAACCCCACCUCAAUCGGAAUCACGAACAACGUUGAUGGAGUGGAGUGUUGGCGAGUUGGUUGUAUGGUGUGUGCUUGUGGUUAUGAACGAUGGAUAAAGGUAGUCGGGAACACGACGACAGCACUGGCGCCGCCAAUGCCACGAGCCGCGCGCCAAAUGGGGUCAGCCGACGACUCACAGACGACGAGUUUGAGAGAUACUCCCGUCAGAUGAUCGUCCCUGGGAUGGGAAAGGAAGGGCAACUCCGUCUGAUCAACUCCCGAGUCUUGAUCAUCGGUGCCGGAGGUCUUGGCUGCCCGGCAGCCCAGUACAUCGCCGGCGCUGGGGUGGGCAAGAUCGGAAUAGUUGACGGAGACGUCGUCGAGACAUCCAAUUUGCACCGUCAAGUCGGCCAUGCCACCUCUCGCAUUGGUGUGAAGAAGGUGGAUAGUCUAAUCGAGCAUCUGAGGGGCCUGAACGAUCUGCCCACUUAUGUAGCUCAUCCCUUCCAUCUCACCCCACAUAAUGCGGCGGACAUCAUUUCACAAUAUGACCUCGUCAUGGACUGUACCGACAACCCAGCAACAAGAUACCUUAUAUCAGAUGUCUGUGUACUGUUAUGCAAACCACUUGUAUCAGCGGCAUCGGUCCAGAAGUCGGGCCAGCUAAUUGUGCUGAACUGCCCACCCGCACCCCAGGGAUUGGUGGACGGAGAGUACGCACCUUGUUACAGGUGUUGCUUCAAGAAGCCACCACCACCCAGCGCGAUGGUUUCUUGCGGCGAGGCCGGCAUUAUGGGCCCUGUGGUGGGCAUGAUGGGCGUGGCACAGGCGGGCGAAGCCAUCAAGAUUCUUGCUUCAGCGCUGCACGUCCCGUCCCAGAGCAACGAAAGCACGCCGGAAAGAAAUCUACUACACCCGACCUUGCUGAUCUACACAUACGACCUGGAAAGCGCCGUGGGUCCUUAUUCUUUCCGAGCGCUGAAGAUGGGUGGCCGCAAGAAGAACUGCUUUGCCUGUGGCGAAAACUCGACUAUGACCUUGGAGGGUAUCAAAGCCGGGAACCCCAACUACGAGCAGUUCUGCAGUGCGCCGACGCCCAAUCACAACCUCCCCCCGGAGGAACGCAUCACUGCGGCCGCGUAUCAUGCGGCCAAAACGAGGGGCGAGCUUCCGGAGCACAUCCUCAUCGACACGAGAGAAAAGGAGCACUUCUCCUUUGGCAGCAUUGAGGGCGCAGUCAAUGUUCCAUUUGGAAGACUGCUAAUGAAGGCAGCGACUAUCAAGCGGGAUGGCGGUUCUCCUAGUGAGAUCCUGCCUCCAGAAGCGUCCAACCCUGAUACACCCAUUUUCGUGGUUUGUCGGAGAGGGUUGGACUCGCAAGAGACGGUGGAGAAGCUCAAGGAGCUUGGUUUGGACCACGGUGGGAAGAGAAAGAUCAUGGAUAUCCAGGGGGGAAUGAAAGCAUGGAAGGAGGAGGUCGAUCCUACGUUUCCGUAUAUCUGAUACUCGGAACUUCUCCGGUCCUUGAGCAGUCGGAGGGGGGAGGGCGGGGAGUUCUGAGAGACAUGGAACAGCAGCCGGAGAACUCGGCUUGAAGAGAUGACAUGGCUGAGCAUCUACCAAGGGGAGACUGUCGUUGGUUGUUUGGGAGAUCUCCUACUAUGAUACAACCGGGAAGCCCCUGAACUCCUAAACGGGUGAAUAUAACAACACACUUGAGAAUCCGGGAAAUCGUAGC